AUGGCGCACUCUAAACCAACUUCACACAGAAACCAAAACCUCAAUUCACACAUUCAAAUUUACAUCUACCCAUGGCUUCACUUCCUUCAUCUUCUCCACUGAUUCUAGUCCUCUCUCUAAUCGUUAUUUCCUCACUUACGGCUGCCUCCGCCGGUAAUUUCUACCAAGACUUCGACAUCACCUGGGGAGAUGGUCGCGGCAAAAUACUCAACAAUGGCGAACUUCUAACUCUUUCUCUUGACAAACCCUCUGGCUCUGGCUUUCAAUCCAAGAACGAAUAUCUUUUUGGCAAGAUUGAUAUGCAGCUCAAGCUUGUCGCCGGAAACUCCGCUGGCACCGUUACUGCUUAUUAUUUAUCUUCAAAAGGAUCAACAUGGGACGAAAUUGAUUUUGAAUUCUUGGGGAACUUGAGUGGUGAUCCUUACGUUCUUCAUACUAAUGUGUUUAGUCAAGGAAAGGGUAACAGAGAACAACAGUUCUAUCUUUGGUUUGAUCCAACUGCUGAUUUCCACACGUAUUCCAUUCUCUGGAAUCCUCAAAGAAUUAUAUUUUCUGUUGACGGAACUCCGAUCAGAGAGUUCAAGAACGAGGAGUCGAUUGGUGUUCCGUUUCCAAAGAAUCAGCCGAUGAGAAUCUAUUCCAGUCUGUGGAAUGCUGAUGAUUGGGCUACGAGAGGUGGGCUUGUGAAGACGGACUGGUCGCAGGCUCCUUUCACAGCUUCUUACAGGAACUUUAAUGACGACAACGCUUGUGUCUGGUCUAAUGGAGCAUCUUCUUGUACUUCCAGCUCUUCAUCUUCUUCCUCUGAAUGGCUGUCGCAAGAGCUUGACAAUACAAGCCAAGAGAAGUUGAGAUGGGUGCAGAAGAAUUAUAUGAUCUACAAUUACUGCUCUGAUUCAAAGAGAUUUCCUCAAGGUCUACCUCCUGAAUGCAACAUGCCGUAGAUUUUCCUUUUUUUUUUUUUCUCCUCUUAAAAAAGGGUUAAUUCUAUAUAUACCGAUUAUUGCAUUCCAAUUCUUUUAUUUAUAGAAAUAUUCUUAUUAUUUGAUUGCAUAAUCAAGAUAUCCUAAUAAAGUACUUGAUUAGCUUCUUGCUA